CAAUAACUGAUCUCAAACAAACAUUUUGACAAUACAUGAAAACAAUUUAUAAUUCAUUUUUAAUUUUUCAGAUUAUUGAUGUCAUCCUACUCCUCUACUGUACCAGUAGUUGAUGCUAGUUCUUGUGAUGAAAGUGGACAUUCUGACCAGACUCCUCAAGCAUCGAAUAUUGAAAGUCCACCAGUCUCAUCUUCAAACAGUGUAAACACUCCAUCAAAUCUAGCCAGCCUUGUUGCCAAAAUAAAAGAAAUUCCUCAGGCCCCACACAAACAACCCGGCAAGAAGAUCUUAAUUAACAUCUAAGAAGCGUGUGAGACUUGCAUCAAGAUUUCCAUGCAAGACCAGAAGUGGAAUGUCUUGUGCAGUUGAUACAGCCUGGCAUAAAAGGGGAUUUGACAGUCUUACAUCACACACGUUCUUUAUGAGCAAGGCCAAAUAUGGAAAGAAGGUAGUUAAAGCACUAGUGGGUCACCGAACAUGCGGCACAUGCAAGUGGUGGAUGAGGAAUAGACCUGGACUACCAAUCCGAAAGCACAGAUGUGUCCUAAAUCACUUCGGUAGUGCUCGGUUAAUGGAAUGUAAAAGUGGGGUUCAAGGCAUCAAGGAGCUUUCUGAGGGUGGAACUCCUGUUGAUUACCUGGAAGGAGACGGUGAUAAUACUAUGAUUGCUCAUAUCAAAUCAGACUUGAACAUUACCAUGAAAAAACGGUUUGAUAGAAAUCACGUCGUGAAAAAACAUAGGGAAAAGCUUAUAUGCCUUGCAAGGAAAAAAUAUCAGUAGGAGUGUGAUUAUGCACAUUCAGAAAUGUCUCAAAUAUGCAUUCGCCAAAAACCAAGGGAACAAGGAAGGACUGGAGAAAAAUCUCAAAAGCGUUGAUUCCUCAUCAAUUUGGAGAUCACAGUUUAUGUUUUCCCAGAUUCUGUGGCUUCAGACGUACAUCAUCUAAUGAGAAGUUUACUCAUAAAAGUUUACCCUACAAAGCAGCUCUCAAAGAUGAUGAACUACAGUCAAAGCUGAAAAAACUGUUCAAGCCAGUUAUUGCUAAUGCUGAACAAUAUGCUGAUUUAGGCUCCAGUCAACAGUGCGAACAUGCAAAUCGCGAAGUCACAUUGAGGGCACCAAAAUCUUUGCAUUAUGGAAAUUCAGAGUCCCUGGACUUUCGUGUUGCAGCAACAACAGCCUUUAUUAUUCAACAGAAACUGCUUUUUAUUGUUGUUUGUUUUGCAAAAAUGUGAUUCUAUUUUGCUUUUGUUUUCUUUUGAUGCAUGCUUUUUCAUGUUUAUUUUUAAUGUUUUUGAAUUUAUGUUGGUUUUUCCUGUUUUUUGUAUUUGUAGACUUUCAAAGCAGGGUUACAGUUCCAGUGUUGUAAGUUUGUUUUGUAUUUUUCAAUGAAAUACAUGUUACAAAAAUAUUUUUUUAUAAAGUAUUCAUUUAUAUUGUAAAAAGAAAUUAAUAAAAGGCUCCUAAGUAAAAGAUAGUCAGAAACAGAACAACAGCAUACUAUUUUGUUCAGGCUGUGUCAGCAACUCAUCCUUCUAUUUCAGGUCAACAUGGCAGCAGGAAUUUCUCCCGGGACAUUUUCUGUAAAAUAUGCUGCUAAGCAAAUGAAGCGCAGAAAACGUGUACAACUAAAAUCCCAAUUACCCUCAACAAAAAGAAGACGUGUUACCCUGAAGCAGGAACGUGUAAUCGCACAGGGAGCCAAUGAAGUGUUAGAAGGGACCACUUAUGAGUCAGGUAUUGGGCAUACCACUAAUGUAGAUGUUGAGCAGUUACCUGAAGCAGUACCCCGUGGGAAAUUCGCGACUGUAUCAGCUGGCAAAGAAGCUACGGUUAUUACAUUUGACUUGGAGACAACAGACCUAAUACGUGGAGGAAAAAUGCCACAUAUCACACAGAUUGCAGCUUCAGAUAUGGAAACAGGAAAGGGAUUCUCAACCUAUGUACUUCCAAAAGUACCAAUCUCAACUACAGCUCAACAGGUUACUGGUAUCAUAGUUAAUAAUAGUGGUACAAUGACGGUCAAUGGGAAACAAGUUCAGCCUGAAACUGUUCAGUUUGCAGUUGACAAGUUUUGUAAAUGGCUCAGUGGGUUUCCCAAUGUAUUCCUUGUAGCGAAUUAUGGAAGAAGAUUUGAUUUUCCUGUAUUUUCAUCUGCAUUGAUCAACAUCCAGUGUGAAGCACAAUUUUUCAACUGUGUAUCAGGUCUUAUUGAUAGCCUACCUGUCUUCAAGAAGGCCUUUCCUGGACAAUCGUCAUACAAGCAAAAAGAAUUAGCCAAGACCUUUUUGCACUCAUCAUAUGAAGCACACAAUGCCAUAGAAGAUGUAAAGGUCCUUGGUAAGCUAGUAUCUCACACAAAGAUGAAAAUUCAGGAACUUGCUAGGUUCAGUUUCCCACCAUCAGCAGUCCACAAUCUACUUCCCUUCAACAAAGAAAAGGCCAAACAUAUCAAAACACUCCAUUCUCUCUUAGCCCAAGGUGUCAUGAAAAUGUCAAUUGCCGAGAAAAUUGCCGGAUCAGGACUGAAUCUGGGUCACCUGCGCAAAAUUUUUCAGCGUGAUGGAGAAGAUGGUCUUCGCAAUACUUUUACAUGUAAAAACUCUGAGGGACAGCCACGUGUGACAGAUGUAAAGAAAACCCUUGACAAUGUCAUUCCGAAAUUAGUGCUCUUUCUCAACAAGGACUAAACCAAGCAACAGAUGGUUUGUUCUUUCAAAUUUGUCAUC